AAGCGGACGACGGACAGAUAGUAAUGAAAUUAAAAAUAAAAUUGAUGUGUGUACUAUGACGUGAUGUGACCGAAUCGAAUGUUUUGAUCUUUAUAAAAACUUGUACAAAAGUAACGACUAUUCAUUAUAAUCAUUAUUAUUCUGUGUUAUUUAGCUUUAAGUGAAAAAGUGUUUACAGUGACAUAAACUGAAUUGUUGAUCGAUUGUGUGAUAAUAGUUUAUUCUGUUGACCUAAUUAGUUUUUUGAAAAUGGGUGAUAAAGAAGAUUAUUUGACGACGUACCGUGUGUUUUUUGAAAACUUUGCGGCGACAGUGAAUCCUGAGGACCAGCUCCCCGUGAAUAUCGCGGGCUAUACCAUCACGGAAAGCGAGCUGCCGGGCGAAGUAUUGUACUGGACCACUCAGUAUUUAUCAGAGAAACAAUGUCCCUCGGCACUAUUGACGCCGCUGCUGAGGAUAAUCCUCGACGACGUCCGCGUGGCGUCCAAGAAACAACCCGCAGAGUUUGGAUACAAAGCCGACGAGUCUGUAUACGUAGCCCUCCGCCUAAUGCAAGCCGUGACCGCCCGCGUCAACGGUGUAUGCCUCCGCUACCUGGACAACUCGCGGCUGGACUCGCUGCCGCCGCCGCCCGCGCCGCACCUGCAGGAGCUGCGCACGGUGUCGGCGGCCACCAAAAACUCCAGGCGCGUCAUGGAGGACAGACACGUCGAGAUCGGGAACUUGGAGGCGCUGUUCGGUAUUGAGAGCACAAAGCCAACGGCCUUCUACGCCGUGUACGACGGGCACGCAGGCUCAGCCGCGGCCACCUACUGCGCGGCGCACCUACAUCAGUACCUGGUCGAGAGCCCGCACUACGCCACCGACCUCCGCAAGGCACUUAGAGAUGCCUUUCUUCGCACAGAUAAUGACUUCAUCAGGAAGAGUAACCAAGAACGAGCUUGCGGCGGCAGCACGGCCGUGGUGGUGGCGGUGCGCGGCUGCCAGCUGCACGCGGCGUGGGCCGGCGACUCGCUGGCCCUGCUCGCCAAGCGCAUGCGGCUCAUGCAGCUCGUGCGCCCGCACAAGCCCAGCCGACAGGACGAAAAGGAUCGAAUACAAGCGGGCGGCGGCGCCGUCAUGUUCUGGGGCACGUGGCGCGUCAACGGGCAGCUCGCCGUCUCCCGGGCUAUUGGCGACGCCAUGUACAAACCCUACGUGACCGCACGACCAGAGCUCGCGACCGUGGACCUAGACGGAGAUGAAGACUUCGUUGUCGUGGCCUGCGACGGACUGUGGGACUUCGUCAGCGAAGACGAGGUCGCGCUCGCCGUGUACAGACAGCUGGCGGCAGAUCCAGAUGACUUGAAGGCAGUGACGAAGCGGCUGAUAGUGCAGGCGAAAAGGCAGGGCUCCUGCGACAACAUCUCUAUAAUCGUGGUGUUCCUGAAGGACCCGCGCGACAUCGCCGCCGACAACCGCCCGCCCAUGGAUCUUGGGCUGGACAACGCGUUGGUGAACGCGUCGCUGCCGCCCUUUGCGGUGGACGCGGACGCCAAGCACCACGGCAUGGACGGCGCGGCGGCGGAGUGCGGCGAGCCCGAGGGCGAGCUGGCCGACAACGGCGUCGACAACUCAGACAGUGACAGUGAGGACCUCGGUCCGGAGACCGCGGUCGACGCGGACGAUCUGGACGCGGAGGCCAGGAACCACGUCGCGCCGCCGACACCUCCAGCUCACACAGUGGAGGCGAGCCACAUCGACGGUGCCCUGGCGGAUAAUGUAGGUGAGAGCGGCGAAGAGUCCGAAGACGAGUGGAACUACUUCAAGGGAGAAGGCGAGCGCUCGGAGCAACAGCGCAGCGAGCCUGACGGAGACGACCAGGACGAGCCGCCGCGCUCAGAGACGCCCUGUCAGGACAAUUCUGCCUGGGAAAGCAGUUCAGUCGACAUGAACAGCUCCCCCCUCAACCCAGACGCCCCGGUGUUUGUGCCCGGCACAGUAGCUGGAACAGACGUCCUCCUGGCCGAGUCUCCGCGCAAGCCACAGCCAAUGGACGACAUUGAGCUAGACGUUCAACAGUUUGAGACAGAAGUGGUUCAGCGGCCCUCUGAGCUGCUAGACUUGGAUAAUUGCGAUCAGUUAAAUGGACACCAUAAUGUAUCCAUUGACGGAAUAACAGAACACUUGAAUGGGAAUGACAAGAACACCCUGGACAGCCUCGGCUUUGGAUUCAGUGUGGGCAUGGAGCCUGACAAGGCAAAGGAUAUCAGUCUCAUUCAGGACUUCGACAGAAUACAGAAAGACACCACUGAUUUCUGUAAUAUACAGGUAUUCCAGGCACACUCUGAAACAAAUCCGUUCGCAUUAGACGACAAUGAAGAGUUACUAGAAAGAUUGAAGAGCAAAGAGCGAGACCCGAUGAGCAUGAGCUUCUACCAGGAGAAGGACGACGACACCUGCGAGCGCCUGCUCGACGGGCCCGUCGACCUCAACGCCGUGCAACAGCUGCCCGACGCCGACGACAACGACGACGAAGACGACAAGGAGAACGUCAGCCCCCGGCACCUCCCCAACAACGACCACUUCGAUCAGGGUGCUAACUUCAUGGACUAUAUCAACAACUCAAACAACCUACAGAAUUUCCCCAACAUAGAUCUACAGACCGACCACCCGCCCCAAGAUAACGUCAUGCAGACGGAUACGCCCGAAUCUCACAAGCUCCUGUUCGAACAGAUUCCCGAAAUACCCGACGGCAAGAGCUCCGAAUUGGGCUUCAACGAGGAUAUUCAGGAUCCUUCGGAUCGAGCAAUCACACCGCAGGGGGAAACGUCGCAGGAUGUCGAAAUGGAGUGCAAACCGGAGACGCCCUGCGAGCCCGGCUCGCGUCCCGAGUCGGCGCAGGAACCCCCACAGACACAAAACGAAAUCGUGGAGGCGGAACACCCUCUUUUCGAAGAGUUCUCUCACCGGGCGGAACAUACAGAUAAUCUAUUGGAAAACGACCUGCACGAAUCGCACACUAUUGAAAAUCUCGAGCAUUCCAACGAGCACUUGGCGCCGUCCCCCGCGCCCGCAGACCGCGGCGACGCCACCCCGGAGCCGGCGCACGAGCUUCAAGAGAACGUUAAGGCUGAAAUACACAACUACGACAGGAUCGACGACCACUUCGACGCCGUCGCUUCGCACGAGGACGACACGAUCGAGCCCCGGGACGCGGAGACGCCACGCGACUUGCACGAGGACAUCGACCUCCUGUCGGCCCACGCCCACGAGAGCGAGACGACCGCGUCGCACCUCGAGGAGCCGCUCGCCGCCUCCCCCGCGCCCGCGCGCUCCCCGCUGCCCGCGGACACGGACCUCAUCUCGAAUCUCGCGGCCGAGUCGCCCGCACCCGCACCCUCGCCGCUCCCCAGCCAGCCGGCCCCGCCGGCCGAGUCUCCCCUCCCGGUGGCGUCCCCGCUGCCCGUCGAAUCGGCUCUCCCCGUAGAGUCUGAUAUUCCGAGGGAAUCCCCGCCGCCGGUGGAGAUCGAGCCGCCGAGCGAGUCGCCCGCCCCCGAGGUCUCUGCACCCGCGGAGUCGCCGCUCCCCGCCGUGCCGGAGCUGCGGCCCGAGACCGCGUCGCCCAUCGCCGCCGCGCCGUCGCCCGUCUGCGCCCGCCUCGCACCCGAGUUCCCCUGCGAGGAGCCCGCCCCGGCGCGUCUCGAGGACCGGACGCGGACGCCCGACGCCGCCUCCGGCCCCGCCCCCGACAUCGUCCCCGAGGAGCGAACCGACCAACCGCACAGAGACCUCGUCACGGAUAUAGAUAUCGGCAUCCCCGAGUCGCACGCGCAGGAAAUCUGCGUCCCCGUCACGAGUGAGAUCAUCGACGAGGCCGUGCAGCUGCCCGCCGGCACGCCGCCGCCGACGCCCGCCGUCGACCCGGUCGAGGCGCCGGCCCCCGAGCCCGCCGACGCCUCUCUCGCGACGGCCGCCGCCGCCGUCGGCGCGGUCGCCGCCGCCACCGCCGUCGCCGCGACUACCGCCGCGGCCGGCAAGGCGAAGACCCCCGCGAAGAAGACCGCCGCGUCCCCCGCCCCCAGGACGACCGCGACCCCCAAAUCUACGACGAAAGCGGCCGCGCCCGCCUCCGCUGGCAAGAAGCCCGCGGCCGCGCCCGCCGCACGCCCCACCGCCGCCCGGCCGUCGCUCACCAAGUCCCCCGCCGCCCCCGUGGCCGCCAAGCCGAGGGCCCCGACGGCGGCGAAGCCCUCGCUCCGGCCCGCCGUCAAGAGCGCGCCCGCGCCAGCAAAGGAGGUGCCGGCGGCCGCCAAGCCCGCCGCGCCCCGCGCCGCCCCCGCCCCCCGCGCGGCGUCCAAGCCCGCCGGCACGCGGCCUGCGCCCGCCGCGGCCCGUGCGGCGCCGACGCCCCGCCCCGCCCCGGCGCCUGCGGCCCGGACGGCAGCCCCGAGGCCCGCCGCCCCGCGCCCGGCCGCCCGCCCCGCACCCCGUCCGGCGCCCCAGCCCGCCAAGCCCAGGGAGGUGAAGCCGGCCGAGAAGAAGCCCCUCACGAACGGCGACGCAAAGGUGCCGCCCCCGAUCAGGAGGGUACCCAUCGCCGCGCGACCCGCGCCCCGCCCGGCGACCGCUCCCGCGACGACACCGGCGACCAAGCCCGCCGCCCCCCGGCCGGCCGCCCGCUCUGCCCUGCCUGCGCGAGCGCCGCUGGACAAGCAGAGCAAGGACCUCGCCAACAAGCGCAUCACCGCCAAGGCCGCGCCGCCCAGGACUGCCCCUACUAAGACGGCUCCCGCAAGCAAGACAUCAGCAGUAAAGAGCGUGCCCAAGAAGCCGCUGUCGAAGCCCUCCAACGGGCUCGUGAACGGCGACGGCGACGAGCUGAAGCCGCCGCCGUCGCCGCCGGCCGCCGACAACGCGCUGCUGCCCGACGUGAUCGCGUGAGCGGGCAGCGGCACCACCCACUGCCGCCACACAGAGUACACGCUCGACGUUAAGGUUCACUCCGGUCGCCCGCGGUGGCGGGAGCGAGAUCUCGGAACGCCCCAGUGAUCGAUUCCUAUUAUUUCCGCUUGAAUUAUGUGAUUUUCUAUAAGUGUAUGAUGAUAUGAUAGUUGACGCGUUAGGUGCGGGAACGUGUUCCCGGGGUAUAUUAUUAAAGUCGCUUUAUAGACGUACGUCGCCGGUUCGUUACGCGGGCCGAAUCCCGCAACGGUUAUUAUUCAAUAUUAUAUGAGUCUUGUUUUUAGAAUUUUAUAUUACCAACGAAUGAUUGAUUUAAAAUCUGGCUUUUAAUUUAUUAUCUUUGUAUAACCGUAUUAUUUAAAUAAAAACGUGAGGAAGGACUGA